AUGCUUUUUUCGAAAUUAGCCCUUCCCCUUAUAGCGGCCGCUUCCCAGACGGCAGCCGAUCUAGUAAAGUGGGAUGAUUGGGAGCACGGUCGAGUUGCCCUACAAGAUGUCAGCAUUCACUUCCGUUAUGCCGGCUCGGGGCCACCCCUAUUACUCGUCCACGGAAACCCGCAGUUCAGCUUGACAUGGCAGUUCAUCGGGCCGAUACUCGCGCAGAAUUACACCGUCAUCGCCCCGGACAACCGCGGCGCCGGCGACUCCAGCAUCCCUCCCGACGGUAACUACAGCGCCGCCGCUUCGGCCGCCGACCUCAAGGGCGUCCUCGACUUCUUAAACGUCAGCUCCGCGUACGUCUUCGCGCACGACAAGGGCGUCGGGAUGGCCGUCGCGCUCGCCGCGCGGUACCCGGGCUUGGUGCGGAUGCUCGGCCUGUCGGAGUACAUCCUGCCGGGAUUCGGAUACGAGGCGGCCGCGGCGCCGGCGCCCUUCUGGGAUCUGUACCAGAACCCGCAGCUGGCGCUCUUCCAGAUCCCGGACUUCGCCGAGUUCCUGAUGAGCGGGCGCGAACGCCGGUUCCUGCUGUGGUACUUCUACCACGGCAGCUACGCGGGGCCGACGGCGUUCUCGGAAGACACGGUCACGCGGUACGCCAGCAGCAUCCAGAAGCCGGGGUUCUUGAGAGCCAUGCUAGGGCCCUUCGCGACGGCGUCUGUUACGGCGGACGCGGAGUUGUUUAAUAGGACGGUGGGGAAAGCACCGCUGAGUAUGCCGGUGCUCGCGACGGGCGGAGAGGCAAGUUUUGGGUUAGAAUCGAUAUUGCGGCAGUCUUUCGGGCCUAUCGCGAGCGACCUGGAGGUCGAUGUCAUUCCGAAGGCGGGACAUUGGGUUGCCGACGAGAACCCAGUGUGGACUGCGAACCGCAUCCAACAGUUCCUAGCCAAAGACUCCUCCCCCAUAGACAAAGUCGACCUGUCGUAUCUCAAGGACAGGGUGACGCUGAAGGUGGCAUAUUUUGGGACGUUGAGAAAUGCGGCAUUAGGAGGAUUGCAGGUAUCGUGA